GUGCUGCGGGCGGUCAUGGCCGCGCUGCUGAGCUCCGCCGGGUGCCUUCGGGCGCUGCGCCCGCGACUCCCAGCGCUGCUCCCGGCCCCGCUCCUGCCGCUCCGCCGCCCGCCCGCCACCCGCCCGCCGGGCCCCGACAGCAGAAAUAUUAUGAAUCAAAUAAGGUUCUUUACACUUGCACAUCAAGAGGAAGGAAGUGUUAAAGAAGAACCAGUUUCAGAAAUUCGAACCAGACCAACCUAUCAGUUUGACUGGGCAUUAAAUAGAGUGGAUAACUCUGUCAGAAAAACUGGCCGCAUUCCUAAAUCUCUUCUACUAAAAAUCUUCCAGGAAAUAAGCAAAGCAGGAUCUCCAGGAAGUAACCAGACCCUGCUUUUGUUGCGAAGUUGUGGUGCUCUCUUACCAGAGGUGUCGUCACCUGAAAGAACAGAACUAGCCCAUAUGAUAUGGGACAAGAUGAAAGAACUGGGUGCUGUGUAUGAUACAAGCCAUUACAAUGCCUUACUUAAGGUCUACCUUCAGAAUGAGCACAAAUUUUCUCCGACAGAAUUCUUGGCCAGAAUGGAGGAAGCAAAUGUGCAACCCAAUCGAGUUACAUACCAGAGGUUGAUUGCUGCUUAUUGCAAUGAGGGUGACAUUGAAGGAGCGAGUAAGAUUCUUGGAUUUAUGAAGAACAAAGAUCUUCCAAUCACUGAGGCAGUAUUCAGUAGCCUUGUGAAAGGUCAUGCAAGAGCAGGAGAUAUGAAGAGUGCAGAAAACAUCCUUUCAGUGAUGAGGAUGGCUGGUGUUGAACCAGGUGCAGAUACCUAUUUAUCACUGCUGAAUGUGUAUGCUGAAAAGGGUGAUGCUGAUAGCAUCAAAAAGACUCUAGAAGAGGUUGAGAAGACUGAAGGGUACCUUAUGGAUAGAAUUUUGAUGCAGGUGAUUUUUAGCCUUGCCAAAGCUGGAUAUCCACAGUACAUCGAGGAGAUUAAACAACGCAUAAAAUUUGAAAGGGAAUUAAUUCCAGAUGCAAUGAACCUGUGUUUGACUCUGAUAACUCAUGGCUUUGAAGAUAUAAGCUUCAGUAUUUUGAAGUCUUUUAGUCAUUUAUCACGUGAUAAUAUGGACCAGGGUAGCUUCUUCUUGCAACAUUGUGUAAAUAGAGAUAUGCCUGUGAAAAAGCUGAAGCAAUUCUGUAAUGAGUUAAAAGAAGCGAAAAUGCACUCGGCACCAUUACCAUUUAUUUUGCGUUGUGCUUUGGAGGCCAACAAAUCAGCCUUGGCCAUUGAUGUGAUGAAGAUGAUGAAAGCGGAAGGCUUGCCACUCAGACCUCACUAUUCCUGGCCACUGCUAGUUCGGCAUCAGAAAGAGAAGAAUCUUAAAGGUGUCUUUGAGAUCCUCAAACUGAUGCACGAGUUGGGUGUGGAACUUGAUGCAGAAACAUACACAGACUAUGUUUUUAAAAAUUUUGCUGAUAGAGAAACUGCUCGUGCCCAGCUGAAGAAAAAUGGCUGCCUAUUUGAAGGUGUUGGACUCCAUGUAGCAGAAAUAAGAUGUGAAGCAGCAAAUGGAAGAUUGGACAAUGUUCUUUCUAUAUUGUCUUCAGCAAGCACACCUCCUGUUGAUUGUCGUCUGUUUAGAAACAGUCUCAUCUUGGGUUUCAAAAGCUCAGAUGAUGUACAUCUUUGGAGUAAGAUAACAGAACUGUUGUACAAGGAUGAACGUUAUUGCCUGACGCCUCCAGGACCUACUGAAGCUGUUGGCUAUUUUCUUUAUCACUUGAUUGACAGCAUGAGUGACUCAGAGGUACAGGCCAAGGAGGAGCGUUUGAGACAAUACUUCCAUCAGCUGAAGGAGAUGAAUAUAGUUAUCCCUACAAGCCACUACAGCGGCAUUUGCAGACUGCUGGACUCCUCUCAAGUUCCUGAAUUAAUUAAGGAUGCAAGGUUACUGUGUCAUAAAAAAUCCCUGUCUACCGAUGACAUUCCAGAAAGUGCUAAAUCUGACGUGUCUGCUUUGGAGAAGAAACUAGAAAAGCGAAAAGCUGAAAACCAGCCUAUUACAGAUGUCUUGAAACAACUCAUACACGCUCUUUGUGAAGAAGAGAAUAUGCAAAAAGCCCUUGAAGUGAAAGCCAAAUACGAACCGGACAUGGUUGUCGGUGGCUAUGCAGCCUUAAUAAAUUUGUGCUGUCGACAUGAUAAUGUAGAAGAGGCAAUGAACCUGAAAGAAAAAGUCUUCCCUAAGAAUUCACCUGUUGCUCUUGACACUGGAAAGUACAUAGCACUGGUAGAAGUCUUAGAAAAGCAUGGUAGACUGGAAGAUGCUAUUAACAUUCUAACGGAGAUGAAAGAGAAGGAUGUUCCUAUCUCAGGCAGAACAGUUGCAUCUCUUUCCCGCAUUCUUAAUGCCGCUGCCACGCGAGGUGAAGUUGAAACAGUGAAUCGGUUACACGAGACCAUUGUGAACCUGGGCUUGGCAGAAAGUCCUGUCCUUCAUUCCCCCCUGAUUACCGUUCACCUUGAAAAGGAUGACAUGCCUGCAGCUCUGGAAGCUUUAAUCAACUGUUAUAAGAAGUAUGGUAAAAUUCUUCAACUUCAUAACAUCUACUGUAGACUGGUAGAAAAAGGAGAUGCUGAUCUUCUACAAAAGGUUUCAGAUUUUAUAAGCAGAGAAUAUGGUGACAUGAUGGCUCUUUAUGAUCUCUUCUUUGCCUUCUUGCAAACAGGAAAAUACAAAGAGGCCAGGAAGGUCAUUGAGACUCCUGGCUUGAGAGCACACUCUGGAAGAUUGCAGUGGUUUGCAAAAAAGUGUAUAUCAAAUAAUCAGAUGGAAACUUUGGAGCAUUUGGUAGAAUUAACUCAAAAUCUAUUUGAAUGUGAUCGAGAUGAGAUGUACUACUACCUGCUUCAACUGUGUGAGAACAAUGAUGACUGGGGGAAGGCUGAAGCUGUUUGGACUAAAAUUCAAGAAGAAAAUAUUGUUCCUCGUGAGAAAACACUAACUUUACUUGCUGAUAUAUUUGAGAAAAAUGGCCAGGUUGUUCCAUUUGAGGUACCUAAGGUUAGGCAUGAAGAUACCAGAAGUUUAAGUGCUACUAUUGAGGAAGAAAGAAAAAUAAGGAUGCUUUGCAGAAAAAAUAAAGCAAAAGAGGCCUACGAUAUUUUCAUGAAAACAAAAGGGAAGGAUGAGUUUCAGUAUAAUUUUUAUGACACCCUUAUAAGAGCACUGUUAGCACAGAAUUGUCUUCAAGAAGCCAUUGAAGUGAAACGCAUUGCUGAGACCCACAUCAAGGGCUUCACACUGAACAGUGCUGCCAGCAGCCUCCUCAUCAUAUCGCAAGUUAGGCGGGAUUAUUUGAAAGAUGCCUUGGCUGUUUUAAAAGGAAUGCUUGACAGUGGCGUGUUGCCUUCCAGACCAGCAGUUACUGCUCUCGUUCAGGCUCUGGCAGAAAAAGGAGAUCUAAAGAACCUGCAAGCACUUAAAAACAUGCUGGAAGACAUCACAAAAUCAAUUGGUCUCUCUGCCUCACUAAUGGCUAAUGCUAUUGCAUUGGCUCAUAUGAAAACCAAUGACCUUGAUGCUGCUGUGGAAUACCUUGAGCCUCUGCUUAUCUCUGGUGCACAGAAUCCUGAUCAAGCUGUCAGAAGUAUUUCCUAUUUGUUAAGAAAAGUGUCUGAGGAAGGAUUAGAACCAGCUUUGGAAAAAUUUGGUGUGAUGGCAGAACGACUGGCCAGUCAGUUUGGAAUUUACAGACCUGUCACAGAUCUUUUCCUUCAGUAUGUCAGUGCAGACAGAGUGGAUGAUGCCAGAUCGUUGAUAAAGAGGUGUGGUGCAAUAGCUCAGGAGAAGAGAACUUUAGGGAGUUUUAUGUCUAGAGCAGCAACUAAACCUGGACAGGCAAAGGUGAUUGAAAGACUUCUAGAACUGAUUCCUGAGCAUCUAGAUCCAGAAGUGGCAUACCGAUACCUCUUGAGAUGUUAUGAAUUGGAUGGGGAUGUUGCAUCUGCAAAGGCUGUGUAUGAGAAAACAAAAGCAAAGAAUAUACAGCUACAUGAGCUAUCUCUGAAGUCUUUAGCAACUUUUCUGAAGAAAGUAGGAGAGCCUGUCCCUUUCACUGAACCCCCUGAGACAUUCAAGUUUUAUGUGGAAAAAUGGAGGAACAGAAGACUGGAAGCAUCAUGAACAGACGGUUUUAUGAUUUAGUUGUUUAUGAAAUUGUUUAAAUAUUACAUUCAAUAAAAAAUUUAAAAAGCAUGUUGUCAUGUGUAAUUUUUAAUUUAAAUCUGUGACUAACAGCACUUUCCGUGACUGCAAUUGAUAGAAACAUUCAUUAAUAGAAAUGCUGUUAAAAUUGCUGAUGUAAUACAAGAUGCAGCCUUCUAGGAUAUUCCGUUUUGGUGUAUGAUCUGCUAUAACUUUUUCUGUCUUUCUGCUUGUGUUGAUUUGCCAGAUAUGUGUAUAUCAAGAAGGUUGCUGGAGGGGUGUGUAACUGUAACUUAAGCAGACUGUCCUAUCCUUUGUUGUUCUUUGCCCGGUCAAUGUACUUUGGGGUGAAAGUAUAAGGGUAAGGAACGUCAUCUUCAACAUUCAGCUGUAUCUACAUAAAAAAUAAACAUGUUUUUAUAAGUUUUC